AAGAAGAAUAUAUGAAGCUGGGAAAGAGUCCCACUUUUUGGCCUUAUUCAUCCUACUAUGAUUUAUGAUAAUUUCGUUAUAUAUACAGAAUGUGGCAGUCCAGGUUUUGCAUCACCAAUCAUCAGAACCCCAUCGCAGAAGCUAAGCAGUGACUGGUGCAGAUAAAUUUCAAACCAAUGGGGGUUUCAGGUUUAGAUGCAUUGUCACUGUGCAUGUUUCUGUGCUUGGUGGGUGUUUCACCAUCAUGGGGAGCUGUGGAUCCCGAGAUCAUUGCAGCUCAAUCAGCUGAUCGGGUCUUCUACAUCCCAGAGCAGCCUUCUGUGAACUUCCUGCAGUAUGCUGGGCAUAUCACAGUUGACCAGAGUCAAGAGAGGGCGCUGUUCUAUUGGUUCUUUGAGGCAGCUCACAAGUCAGAAGAUAAGCCUUUGCUCGUGUGGCUCAAUGGAGGGCCAGGAUGUUCUUCUGUUGGGUAUGGGGCAGCACAAGAGAUUGGACCCUUUCUGGUGAAGAAAGGACAUCAAAUACAACUUAACCACUAUGCUUGGAACAAAGCUGCCAACCUACUGUUCUUGGAAGCUCCUGCUGGGGUUGGAUUUUCGUAUUCAAACAACACUUAUGCUCCAGGAGACAGCGUCACAGCGUGGGAUUCCUAUAACUUCUUGAACAAGUGGUUGAAGAGAUUCCCGCAGUACAGGAAUAGUGAACUGUUCAUAGCAGGGGAAAGCUAUGCAGGGCACUAUGCACCGCAACUGGCUGAAGUAAUCUUUGAUCAGAACAAGAUCUACUACUCCCUCAAUGACUCCUCUAAUUACAUCAACCUCAAAGGUUUCAUGUUAGGAAACCCAUCAUUGGACGAUGAAACAGACAGGAAAGGAAUGAUCGACUAUGCAUGGAGUCAUGCGAUGCUCUCGGACAAGGAUUACCAGUCCAUCUUGUCGAGCUGUGAUUUUACGAGGAGCGACUCAAACCAGACCGAGCAAUGUCAAAAUGGAAUGGCGAAUUACUCCCGACUGUAUUCAAUGAUAGACAUGUACGGCAUCAACUCCCCAACGUGCCAUCUGCCUACCAAUUCCAGCCAUAGUUUCUUCGGCCGACUACCAAUCAACAGGACAAUGACGUCCAAGUUUAGGGUACCUGCAGCUGGUGCUGGUGGGUAUGAUGCAUGCACCAGCGACUACGUGUUUGAGUAUUUCAACCGACAGGAUGUCCAGGAAGCAUUGCAUGCUGAUCUCAACAAAGUCCCUCGCUCGUGGGACCUUUGCAGUAAUCAGGUGGGCAAUGACUGGAACGAAAGUGCGUUCUCGGUGCUCCCGGUGAUUAGGAAGCUGCUUGAUGGAGGCCUUCGAAUUUGGAUCUAUAGUGGAGAUGCAGAUGGUAGGAUACCAGUGACCUCGACGAGGUAUGCACUGAACAAGCUUGGGGUGAACAUAACCCAGGAUUGGACUCCUUGGUACAACCAAGAAGAGGUCGGAGGAUGGACUAUAAGUUAUGCAGGAGGGCUGACAAUGGCGACAGUGAGAGGAGCUGGUCACGCCGUCCCAGUACUAGCACCAGACCGCGCUCUCCUCCUCGUCUCUCACUUCCUCGACAACAUCGACUUGCCACGUGCUGCCUCGUGAUUCGCUAGUUCAUUUCUUACCAUCGUUAUAAUCCGUCUGCAAUUCUCCCCAAUCCUAGCUUAUCGUCUGCAUUUUCACUGUAAUUUCUCAUAUGGUUCGUUCUAUUGUUUUGACAAUGUUGUACCAAUUUCUGUUGAUGGGCUGCCUCCUUUUGUAUCUUCUGCCUCACGGCUACGAGAAUCAGCAUUCAUCUGUUCUGUAACUCAUCACAAUUAAUUAGCCUCUUCAUAUGCACCAUCGGUGUCGAACUGUUACAACAUUAAGCUCUAACAUCUAAAGACUAAAGUCGGAGUAACAUAUUUGACUAAGUAUGCUUAAAAGGAACCUCCCAUUUGAUCCUCCAACUUGUUUUUUGGCCAGAAAGAAGGGCAGACAAGAGAACAUUGAAAAGGUUAUCCGGCGAGAGCUUACCUAUAGCAGCAGCUUCCUUAGACUUGAAACAAACUUAUUGGAUCUUGAGAGGAUUAAAGAGUUCAUUUUCUAUUGGGUCAAAAGUUUGGUUUCGAAGCAAUUGACUCUCACCAAGUGUCCAAUGCAACUAGACUGAUCGUUGCAGUUCCGGCGGAGGCAAAUUAAGAAGUAGUAGUAGUAGUAGUAAACGGGAGAUUCGGAGAAUCCCACCAUCCCUGCCGGCCGGCGGGUUGGUCGUUGUUUCGUUCGACACAAAUGUUCCCCCUUUAUCUCCACCGGAAGCAAAUAAUCCCAAACAAUAUAAUUACAGCCAAACCCCACGAGCGCAUCUCUGAAUUCUGAUAAUGAUAGAUACGUACGUUGACCCACCCGCUCGGCCCGGCCCGGCCCGCACAAAUCUUCCCAUCGAGAUUCCUUUCCCUAGAAAUAAUAAUCCGACUUCUAUGUUUACAUUUAGAUUCUUCCUUUUUCCAUCCUAAACCUAUACAUUUUUGUUUCACAAUAAGAUAACUCCAAAUCUGAAUGAAUGAUAAUUCACAGAUGGAAAUUACUGAAUGUCCAUGAUAAGAAAUUAUGCCACUUCUGUAUUUUCUUUCUUUUUCAAUUCUAAAUAGGGUUUUCAAACCAGUAUCCGGCUGCCGGUUCAACUUGGUUCAAUCGUAACCGAUCAUCCAAACUGUUGGAAUACGCUCUCCGAUUGAACAGCCUAUGAAAAGAGUCAAAAUCAAAUUAAACCAAUCAAAAUCGG